UCGUGGAAGCCGCUGAAGGGGUGGGGAGUUGUAGAAGCGCAAGGCAAAUAAUGAAACCAUUGUAGCAAAUUAGAGGCAAAAUAAUAUAGUGCUCAGAAAACAAAUAUUAGGGAAAUGUAGAUGAUUCCAAGUGUGUGAAGAAGUGUCUCCUUCCCUGGGUCCGCUUAAUUUCCACCUGUGUCCUCUAGUCCUGAUUUCCGUGCUGUGCUUCCAGUCCUGUUUGUGUGGAAUUUCAAGUAUUGCUAGGCUGGAAUCUCUACCUUGACAUGCACUUUACAAGCACUUGCUGCCUCAGUGCAGUUACAUCCCCUGUUGUGUGUGUGUGCAGGUGAGUGACAGGGCCGUGUGGGCGACGGUGCUGGCGUUGCUAUGGCUACACGGCUUCAGGGCGGAUCUAAAGGAGGAGUGGGAGUUCCUGGCAAAGAAAGCGCUCUCCUGGGUCAAAGCACAAGCAGGGGCCAGUUUGAAGUCGUGUCUGGAAGCAGGGAACAGUCUCCUUGGCUCCAAGGUGGAGCCACAGACACUCUCUCUGUGACGGUCCAGACCUCAAAGAGCCUCCAUCAGCCUUCUAUCCCCACUGCAGCAAGCCAGCUCCUGCUUUGAACAGCACACUGAAUAUUUAGCUGUGUGGAAACGCUAUAUCCGCUUCCUCAAAGAGCCUCAAUCAGCCUUCGAUCCAGCUACCCACUCCGCUUCUUCAAAAACAGCAAUUGUACUGGAGGUCUGUGGGUAGAGAAAUGUUUGAUUUAGAGAAAAAUGCACAGCCAGCGUGAUAUUAUACUAACAUACAGGGCCUUUUCAUUCAGUGCUGUUUUUUUAAAAUAUGUUAUUGAUAAUGGCUUCGUCUAGAUAUAUUCUGUAUGUUUCUUAUGCUUGAUCGUUUCACGUUAUUGACACAAAAAAUACUUUUAUGCGUUGCGCUUGAAGCUGGAAUUACUGCAUCUCUUGAAACUUCCAUCGGUUUUGUGCACGUUAUUUUGUGUUGCCUCUGUUACUGUUUCAAAGCAGUGCUGUAAAUGAAGACGGCACUGAGGAUACUAAGCCUUUAAGAAACCUUGUUCUCAAAACAACAUGCCAAACAACAACAACUGUGUUGCUCCUUUUACCAAACGUCUUUAUUUUCACUCGGCCAAAGCCACUUCCUUCCUGUGUUACAUGCAUUAGGGUCCCACUGGAGCCUUGUGUUCUGCUGCACACAACAGGAACCUGGUGGUGGGGUCCUUUUGUGUGUAAACACAGGAAGGAGUAUUACAGUAUGGUCUUGUGACAGGAGUAGGAGGCAAUUCAGAUCUUCCACAGAUUCUCUAUAUUCUGCAGCUACAUCAUCUCAUAAAGAUCACAAACAGACUGCUGAAGUGACCUGGAAUAUAGAGAUGUGAGUCACAGGAGUGAACAAUAACGAACAAGACGAGAAGGAGGACCGUGCCUCUUCAAGCUUUGACAAGAUGAGAGACUGUUGUGGGCUUUUGACGUUGAAAAAUGAACCAGUGCCUCUGAAGGGGAUCACUGUGCAGGUGAAGGUCCAAGGCUUUGUAGCGGAUGUCUGCUCCACUCUCAGCUAUGAGAACUCAGAGUCCAGCCCGGUGGAGGCUGUCUUCGUGUUUCCCAUGGAGGAGGACUCCUCGGUCUACGACUUCCACGCCGAGAUCGGGGGGGUCAAAAUCCAAGCUGAGAUCCGAGAGAAACAGGAGGCGCGUGACACCUAUGACGACGCCUUGAGCAGCGGACAGCAAGCCUUCCUAUUGGAGGAGAGCGAUGAGAGCCGGGACGUGUUCAGGCUGAGCGUGGGCAGUCUGCCCGCGGGUCAGAAAGCGUCUGUCUGUCUGUCCUACGUGACAGAGCUGGCUGUGGAAGCGGACGGGGCUCUGAGAUACUGCCUGCCUGCCGUCCUGAACCCCCGAUACACCCCUGCUGGCUCUGAGUCCCUGACUGCUCCAGUGUCCGGAGCCUCUGGAGGGCCGGUGCCCUACUCUCUAUCUUUCAGUGCCCACCUCGCCUCUCCCAGUGGAGUCGCCCAGGUGAAAUCCAACUGUGACCUCACGCCUCUGGAGUACCUCGGAGGCGACAAGACCCAGGCCCAGGUCUCGCUGUCUCCAGGUCACAAGUUUGAUCAGGAUGUGGAGCUGCUGGUUUACUACAGCCACCCCCACCAGCCCACCGCUAUUCUGGAGGGGGGGCUCGCCUCGGCCACACCCGGCUCACUGAUGGGGGACCCGCUGGUGAUGCUCAGCCUCUACCCAGAAUUCCCUGCGGCUGCGUCGACGCCCCAGCCCAGCUGUGGAGAAUUCAUCUUCCUGGUGGAUCGCUCGGGCAGCAUGGACUGUCCAAUGAGCAGCAUGGAGUCGGGGCCAAUGCGCAUUGAGAGCGCCCGGGACACCCUGCUGCUUCUUCUCAAGAGCCUGCCCCUGGGCUGUUUCUUCAAUAUCUACGGCUUUGGGUCACACUUCGAGGCGUUCUUCCCGGAGAGUGUUGCGUACACUCAGCAGACGAUGGACGAUGCUCUGGGGAAGGUGAAAGGGAUGGGAGCUGAUUUUGGAGGGACGGAGAUCCUGGAGCCACUGAAAGACAUUUACAGCAAAGCCUGCCGACCAGGACACCCCAGACAGCUGUUUGUCUUCACAGACGGAGAAGUAGGGAACACAAAAGAUGUCAUCAGUGAAGUCAAGAAGCAUGCUGGCACACACAGGUGCUUCACAUUUGGGAUUGGAGAAGGAGCCUCCACGGCUCUGAUCAAAGGCAUGGCACGGGCAGGAUCAGGUCACCCUGAGUUCAUUACGGGCCAGGACAGGAUGCAGCCCAAGGUGAUGCAGAGUCUGAGAUUCGCACUCCAGCCCGCUGUCAAUAACAUUGUCCUUGACUGGGACGUCCCGGCUGGACUGGAGGUUGUUCCUGUGUCCGAAACGCCAAAGGUCCUCUUUCGGGGUCAUAGGUCAAUCCUGUACGCGCAGCUCAAAGGAAAGUUUGACGAGAGUGCGUUGGGUCGAGCGAGUCUUCAGUACAGUCUGGGAGACGAGCCCCACAAAACAGAGAUCAGCUUCAAACUGCAGCCGGACAAGCACACUGGACUGACGACUCACCGCCUGGCCGCACGGACUCUGAUCCGCUCCCUGGAGGAAGGAGGGAGCGUGGAGGGAGAGGGCGGAGACAAGGUGAAGGAGAGAGUGGUGAAGAUUAGCACGGAGGCCCGAGUCAUCUCAACGCACACGGCCUUCGUCGCUGUGAACAAGGACCUGAAUCAGGCUGUGCAGGGACCUCUGAUCCACAGGAACAUCAGGGCACGAAUGAUGUAUUGCGCCAUGCCGCAGGUGGCGAUGUUUUGUGAUGAUCAGAAUGAUUUGAUGCAUAUGGAUAGCGGUUUCAAUGCCAUGUCAUAUGAUACUGCACCAGAGCCAGAGGUGAAGGACCCCGUGCUAACGCUGAUCUCCCUGCAGAGAGCCGACGGCUCCUGGGAGCUCAACGAAUCGCUCGUUUCUGUGUUUGAGAAGACGGAGCAAGAAGCCAUCGGCAAAAUGCCAGCCGAGGUGAGUGACAGGGCCGUGUGGGCGACGGUGCUGGCGUUGCUAUGGCUACACGGCUUCAGGGCGGAUCUAAAGGAGGAGUGGGAGUUCCUGGCAAUGAAAGCGCUCUCCUGGGUCAAAGCACAAGCAGGGGCCAGUUUGAAGUCGUGUCUGGAAGCAGGGAACAGUCUCCUUGGCUCCAAGGUGGAGCCACAGACACUCUCUCUGUGACGGUCCAGACCUCAAAGAGCCUCGAUCAGCCUUCUAUCCCCACUGCAGCAAGCCAGCUCCUGCUUUGAACAGCACACUGAAUAUUUAGCUGUGUGGAAACGCUAUAUCCGCGUGCUCAAAGAAAGGAAAUAACCCAGACUGGAGUUUCCUAUAACCUAGACUGUAGUUUACUUUUGAGUCCAAGGGUGGUCCUACUGUUCUAUUAAAUACAAGCUGUUAUAACACAGCGAUUUGUAGACUUUACUAUGGGUGAUUGUGUGCCUUUUCUGCAAGUUACAAACUUUCAUAAGAGUUUGUUAUGUCCUUGCUUAAGCUGAGGGAACAGUGGCUUGAAACCUGGCUCCAGGAGACCUAGUUUGAGGCAACUUUGCUGUAUUAAACCCCAAGUCUCUGCCGUGCAGUGGCCUGAAACAGUCUCUUAAAACCAAGUUUCCAAGCCACAAAAUGGCUUUGUGUUCCCUCAGCUGUAAUAUGGUCUUUAUCAAUGUUACUGUCCCAGUUGUAACAAAGAGAGUGUCUUGGCAUUGAUCUCGGCUAUACUACGGACUCAGCCCCUGUAUCGAAUAAGAUUUGCAGCCGAGAUGUUUUGUCUAAAUUUAUGACCGAACUUGGCAUUGGCUAAAUUGCUGGGCAUUGCUGGAGAGCGUUGACUUUAAUUGAACUUAACCCUGUUACUGAUUACAAUGGUUGAAAUGCAUAAAUAAGUAAAGCGAAGUAACACAGUAUUUUUUUGCUAAAUGGCUUUGAUUUAUUUUGCAAACAAACCUGUACUACGUUAAAAGAUUAAAACAUAACCAACAGAA